AUGGGGAGGUUUUGGAGGGUGGCGGAAGCAUUUGAGGUGGCCGGAAAGGUGAGAGAUUGCGACAGCAGCGGCAGCGAACACUCACCUGAGACGAUGAUGGAUUUAUCCGAUAUGGUAAACUCGUUCAUAGAGAAUGGCAAUGGUGUUGCCAAUAAAGAUUUUGAUAUGCAAAAUGACGAUGAAUUAAGUUCAGAUGGAAUUGAUGAUGAUAUGGAGGAGAUGAAGGAAGCAUUGCAGAGAUUGCUUCGAGUUGAUAAUGACGAUGAUGUUAGAAGAAACUUGAUAUCGAAAGUCGAAAAAGCAAGUAGGGAUGUUGUCGAAGAUAACCGAUCAUCACCAUCUUUAGGGUUUAAACGGAGGCUGAUGGCUCGUCUUCGUGACCAGGGUCUCGAGGCGGGGCUUUGCAAAUCGAAGUGGGAAAAGAAAGCUGGCCUUCUUGCUGGCAAUCAUGAAUACAUCGACGUUAAUAUUGAACAAACUCGUUAUAUAAUUAUCAUAUCUUUGUUAGAAGAGUUCGAGAUAGCUAGACCUACAACUAUUUACGCUUCAUUGCUCGAGAUCCUCCCUGAGAUCUCAGUUUUCAAAGUUGAAGAUUUCAAAGAAAUAGUAAAAAUAAUGUCUAGAGCCAUAAAGAAGUCGAUGAAGCAGAAGAAGAUGCCGGUGCCACCAUGGAGACGACGGGAGUAUGUUCAGGCUAAAUGGUUUGGGACUUACAAACGAACCACCAAUGAGUAUCCGACUAAAAAGACACCGGAUCGUAACGUGAUCAACAAUCAAAAUAUUGGUUUUAUAUCAAUUCCUGAUCAUACUUGCUAUGGUAGACGUCAAGAACAAAUUGCUAGGAAGGAUUUUGCGUAUAAAAUGGGGAAUUUAGCCAUGGUCAUGAAUGGAGCAAGCUAA